CCAUAGCCUAAAACCGAUAACACAUAUCUUAUUAAAAUUUAGUUUUAGUUUAAUGUGUUCACAAAUUAAAAAUCAAUAAAUUAAACCAACCAUUGCAUAAAAGUUAUCAUAAGGAUUAAAUGAUCACUUCUUGACUUGACUUAGCCUUCAUCCAUGAGAUCGACGUAUCACUAUCAAUAGAGGCCCACUGACACAAUAGACUUCAAAACCUCACCUUCCCUUUCUUAUAAAAUAUAAACUACCAACAUUCUUAUUCCUCAACUUGCAAAAAAAGGUAACAUUCUACAUUCUCAGCUUGGUGUUGAAUCAGCUCCACAGUCGCACAAUAGUCUUUUACGGUGUUUUUAUCCUUUCCUUUCACUUUUGGCUUUUGGCACGGGAAAAGAGGAAUAUAUUUGCUCCCAUGGCGUCAAGCUCAACAUCAAAACUGCUGUUCUUCAUUCUUGCUUCGAUUUUUCUUGUUAACUCAGCUCAAAACUGUUCAAACUACACUUUCCCAGCUAAUAGAACUUUCACCACUUGCAAAGUGCUACCUGUUCUAGAAGCAAACCUGCACUGGACCUACAAUUCAUCAAGCACAAAAGUUUCAAUGGCAUACAGAGCUAAACAAGAUUCUAAGGGAUGGGUAGCAUGGGCUAUCAACCCUACAAGACAAGGCAUGGUUGGAUCGCAAGCAUUAGUUGCUUUCCAUAACUCAACUGACAGCAUGAUAGCUUACACAACACAAAUAACAAGUUAUAGUCCAUCAAUGCAGAGAGCUAAUCUCAGCUUUCAAGUUUCAAAUAUAUCUGCAGAAUACUUGAACAACGAGAUGAUUAUCUUUGCGAUUAUAGGACCACUGGGCAAUGAAACCACAGUAAAUCAUGUCUGGCAAGGUGGACUCUCAGUCUCAAACGACAUCCCUCAGAUACAUCCAUUUUUAUCCCAACACCUUCAAUCAUUUGGACAAAUAGAUUUUCAGACAGUUUGAAUACUCCCUGAGAAGAAUAGUUAUCUUGUUUUUUUCAACUUAUCAAAUAAAUAAGAAGUCAUCCUUGGCUUUCAUCCAAUAUUCCAAAUCAGAAUGUCUAGAAUAUUAUGUAAAAUAAGUAGAGACAAUAAAAAGUUCCAACUCUUCUUGUGCUUUCUUCGUCA